AUGAAUUUUUUAUUUCGUCAACAACGUACAUUUAAACCUCAUCGAAAUAUACCAGAAGGUACAAAACAACAUGAUUUAAUGAAGCAUGCACAAAAUACUUUAGGAAGUGGAAAUUUACGUUUAGCUGUACAAUUACCCGAAGGAGAAGAUCUUAAUGAAUGGAUUGCUGUUAAUAUUGUUGAUUUUUUUAAUCAAAUAAAUAUGCUUUAUGGUACAAUAACUGAAUUUUGCACAGAAACAACAUGUGUUUUAAUGACAGCUGGACCAAAAUAUGAAUAUCAUUGGGCUGAUGGUCAAACAAUAAAAAAACCUAUAAAAUGUUCAGCACCACGUUACAUUGAUUAUUUAAUGUCAUGGGUACAAGAUCAACUUGAUGAUGAAUUAAUAUUUCCAUCAAAAAUAGGUGUACCAUUUCCAAAAAAUUUUCUUUUAAUAUCUAAAACAAUAUUAAAACGUUUAUUUCGUGUUUAUGCACAUAUAUAUCAUCAACAUUUUAAAGAAGUUGUUAUGCUUAAAGAAGAAGCACAUUUAAAUACAUCAUUUAAACAUUUUGUUUAUUUUAUACAAGAAUUUUCAUUAGUUGAAAAAAAAGAAUUAGCACCAUUACAAGAAUUAAUUGAUCGUUUAACAACAAAAGAUCAUUAUCAAAGAUUAAAAUAUCAAAGAAAGAGAAAAAAAAAUUUUUUUUUUAUGUCUGAUAUUGAAGAUAUGAGUUUUAGUCUCUUAAAUAAAUCUCAUAAUCAUCUAUUAACUUAUCGUGCAUUUGAACAAGUACGUCUUAUUGCUCUUCGUCAUUAUUGGAUACCAAAUUCUAUAAUUUUUCAUAUACAAAAUGAUGAUUCUCAAUAUGCAUUAGAAUUUUCAUUAGAAACAUCUAAUGAACAUUAUUAUUUAUAUAUACCAUGGAAUGUUGAUGAUUUUACAAUAAAAUGUCAUAUAUCAUGUCGAAAAUUAGCUGAUGAUGGUUAUGCAUGGACAAUACGUAUGCUUGAUAGAAUAUUAAGAUUAUUAUGUGAUCAUUGUCCUGGUUUAUUUCAACUUGAAUAUAAAAAUGGUUUAUUUGGUCGACAAAAUAAUCGUUUAAUUAUUUAUAAUGGUCUUGCUAAUCUUUGUCCAAUGGAUUAUAGUCAUUGGAAACAACGUGUACAAUUACAAUAUGAUCGUUUAAGUCCAACAAGACAAACAACAACAAUAUUAGCUGAUAUUGAACAAACAAAUAAUGGAAAUGAAUAUGGUAUACGUUCAAUUAAAUAUCAAACACUUGGUCAUGGAAAAAUACUUAAUGAAACUUAUUAUGAUUGGUAUGUGUGA